GAGGAAUGAACGUGAAGACGCUCUGCUUACAAUGAACCUCAACUAGACUAAAUAGGAACUUGUCCGACUUCAGGCGUUUAAUACUUUUAUAACAUGAAGUUAGACAUUUACUAGUAGCUUCGCAAAUUCCGCGGUUCACACUUUGACACGGAACUCUUGUCAGAAAAACAAGUUUGGGACAAAUCCUGAAGUUUGUCUGUAAGUGUUGUGAAUGAGGAAAUCGUCUCAGGCUAACGUUAUGUAGCAAGCUAAUCUCAUUUAUCCAUUCGUAAACUCAGCUAUCAUUUCACAGACUGUUAGAAAUCCUACACAGAGGCAUGACCGAGUACAAGCUUGUGGUGGUCGGGGCAGGAGGUGUGGGGAAGAGCGCUCUCACCAUCCAGCUCAUCCAGAACCACUUCGUUGAUGAAUAUGAUCCAACCAUUGAGGACUCGUACAGAAAACAGGUGGUGAUCGAUGGAGAGACCUGUCUGUUGGACAUCCUGGACACUGCAGGUCAGGAGGAGUACAGCGCCAUGAGGGACCAGUAUAUGAGGACAGGGGAGGGCUUCCUCUGUGUGUUUGCCAUCAACAACACCAAGUCCUUCGAGGACGUUCAUCUCUACAGAGAGCAGAUCAACAGGGUGAAGGACAGUGACAGUGUUCCCAUGGUGCUGGUGGGGAAUAAGAGCGACCUGAGUACCCGCACUGUGGAGACGCGGCAGGCGCAGGAGCUAGCACGAACCUACGGAGUACCGUUUGUCGAGACCUCUGCCAAAACCAGACAGGGUGUGGAGGAAGCUUUCUAUUCGCUAGUAAGGGAGAUUAGAAGAUAUAAGGAGACCAACCGCAGCAACAAGAAGAGCAAGAAGAACACUCAGAGACGUUGCAUAAUACUAUAGCAAACUGCACACACCAACAGCAUCCUUUACAGCACUUGUUUCAUGCUCCCCCCCUCACACACUGCACCUCCUCUGUCACUGCGGAGGGGUCCGGCACAGCUCCGGACCGGGUAGCAGACGAGGAAAAAAUUUUUUUUUUUACUGCUGUCACAGUUUCCACUUACAGUACGUUAACGAGAUUAGCCAUUUAUUUCAUCCACGUGCUGUUCCCAUUUAACGCUGUGAAUUCUGUUGGGUUUUUUAAGUUUUUGUUUUAAAGCCCAAACAACUAGAAACUGCAAUUGAUUUUUUUUUUCUUUUUUCUUAUUGGUUAAGGUCAGAAAUUGCCCAAACUUAAUUUGAGUCUGUGGUAGAAAGAUUGUUUUCUAUUUUUCCCCAAGAACCUUUUAAAGGGCUAUUUGUCCAGCCGGUGUUUUUAUACACAGCUCAGCUCCUGUUGACUAGUUAGGGGUCAAGGGCUCACAGUGGUGCCUCACCGCACUUUGCACUCUCACAUCAAAAUCUCAGAAAAGUAUUUCAGGAUUCAAACAUUGUUUAGUGUGCUGAAAUUUGUGAUGUAUGUGAUUGCUCAGUACAAAUCUGACUUCAUGAAGUUCCAUUAAUACUAGUGUCAUAUUGACUAGGAUAGAUUGGUCGAAAGAGUUUAGAAAAAGUUGUUUCUCCCUCCAUGUUUUUCAUAUUUUAGUGUGUCCUCUGGGGCUUGAAACACACCAGCAAUAUCUUUUUUUUGUUUUGUUUUUUUUGUUGUGUGUGUCUCUCAAAGACUACAUUUAAAUGAAAAGGCUGUAUUAAGACUGGGUCACCGCAGUAUCAAAGCCUCAAAAUUGUGUUCCAGACUCCUAGGUGCACUUUAUUAAUUUCCUAUUAUGUUUUUUUUAUUGUAGAAUUUAGGAUUUAGUUAGUGCCAUUUUAAAAGUUUCCUCAGGAAUAUAGUGUUUUAUCAGGAACGGAGGAAUAACAAACCCAGAGCUGAACUUCACGCUAUCAUUAACUUACAGUUUGAAGUGUCAGCCCUGCUGUUGGUUCCUCACAGUCACUGUAUUCCAAAGUCCACUUUUAAAGCAUUGUUUUUAUGUCAGUCCCAGUGUUGUGUUGCUUGCAGUGUCUAAGCACUGUGUAUGCUACACCACACUCGAGCAGAGCACGUAGCACAUGCAGAUAUCUAUGUGGUACUACAAACAUUUAAAACCACACUGAUGAUGAAACCAGUGUUAAACUCAGUGAGAAAUCUCCAGAGACACAGCGGCAGUCACGUUAUUUGAUCAUACGUGAGGCUGGAUGAGAAGGAUAUUCAAUAGGGCAUCAGUUUUUGUUUUUUUUAUAGCAAUGUUUGUCUUCUUUGAUAAUUUCACCCUAAAUGUAAUGGAUUUCUAUUUUUGUAGCAUUACCAACAGCUUUUCCCAAUUUAAAAAACAUUUGCAUUAAGAAACCGCUGUCCACAUAUUUACUGAAGUUAUAAGUUCAGAGGGCUAACUCCAGUGAAUCCAUCCGUGAAGGACUCAGACUUUGCUGUGGUGUUAAACCUGGACAUAAUGUAGUUCCAUUGUUAAAAUAUGGAGUAACUCUAAAAACUUGAUUUGAUCCAAGCAAGUCUCUCACUGACAGCUAUGUAAAACCUUUAAUGCAUUCUGCUGUAAUGAACAAGUAAACGUCUUUUAGCUUUA